GUGAUUGACAGCUGAGGCGUCAUGGCGCAGAGGAGCAGGUCCACUUGGGUCUCGCAGGUCCACUUGAGUCUUCUGAUCAUACUGAGUUUUCUUCAUGUUUUUGGACAGCACCAAGGUUCUGGCCCAUUCCUGAGGUCCAAAAGGGCCAACUCAUUCCUCCUGGAGGAGGUUCUACAGGGGAACCUGGAGAGGGAGUGUAUGGAGGAGAUGUGCAGCUACGAGGAAGCCAGGGAGGUGUUUGAGGACUACCAACAAACGGCAGUGUUCUGGGCCAAGUACUAUGACGGGGACCAGUGUGAGUCUGCUCCCUGUGCCAACGGAGGAAACUGCAGCGACCUGAUGGGUGGGUUCUACUGCACAUGCCCCACCCCCUUCUACGGAGAGACCUGUGAGCUGGGACCAGCAUCCAGACCUAAGACUGCACUGAUCCCAGAACUGAGCAAGGAUGCAGUACCACAGUUUAAAGACUUUGCAGAGUGUCCGACCCAUGGGCCGUCCUCGUGUGAGCAGCUGUGCACAGCCUCAGAGUUCAGAUUCACCUGCUCCUGUUUACCGGGAUUUAAACUACAGGCCGAUGGACGCACCUGCGAGCCAGAGGUGGAGUUCCCGUGUGGGCAGAUCCCCGACCAGCUUCAGUCCAACUCCUCAGACUCUCUCUGCACCAAUCAGCACUGUCCCUGGCAGGUGUCUGUGUUAAACUGGAGGGGGGUGGAGCUUUGUAAAGGUGCCCUGCUUGGACUCAUGUCCAUCCUGACCUCUGCUCACUGUCUGCAGUCUCACCUGGGACCAGACCUGGAUCCAACCCAGAUCUACAUCCGCUUCAGUGGGCAGCAGAGGGCAUUCCAGGUGCGUUCUGUGGAGGUGCACGAACGAUUCUCAUUGGCUCACGACUAUGACCUUGCCCUGCUGCAGAUGCCCCGCCCCCUUCACAUGAGCUCCACCCUCUUUCACCUUUGCAUCCCUGCCCACCGCGACCAUGCCGAGAAAGUCUUGAUGCAUGAUGGGAAGGCACUGCUUGUGGGUGGGUACGGAUCUGGUGCCAGACCUGUAUCACUGGAGGAGUGCAGAGACAAGAACCUCAGCCACGGCCUAACCAACAAGAUGUUCUGUCUGGAAACUAGGACUAACCCAGAGCUGGGACAGGACUGGACCAGGGACCAGACCAGGGACCAGACCAGGGACCAGACCAGGGACCAGACCAGGGACCAGACCAGGGACCAGACCAGAGACCAGACCAGGGACCAGACCAGGGAUCAGAACAGAGGCCGGACCAGGGACCAGAACAGAGACCAGACCAGAGACCAGAACAGAGACCGGGCUAUAGACCAAACCAGAGACCGGACCAGAGACCAGGAUCACGCCUCAGAUCAGGGCCAGAGAAGGCCUGAGCAUAGCAGAGGAGCUGAGAAGGAAAGGCCAAAAAGGGAAACUGAAGAGAGACAAAAUGGAAGAAGAUAUGAGGCACUAGAUGUCCGCCCGAGGAUCCUAAUUGAACAGCACCAAACUGAUCCAGACUUGGGCCAAACGAGGAUCAGAGCCAGGGAUCAGAAUCCAGACCCACAGAAAGAAAAAGGGCCAAAGAACAAGGAAACUGACGUCAGAGGAGAAACAGCAGACCAACAGGACCAAGCUGAUACAAAACUGAACAGGGAAAUGACAAACCAGACUGAAACCGGACAGGACCACGACAAACUGAAAGUCCAUCAACAUCCCCCAGGACUAAACCAAACCCCCCCCAGACUAAACCACGACCACCCCGGACUAAACCAGGACCCUCAUGACCAUCCAAAACCAACUCAAAUCAGACUAAACCAGGACAAACAGGAAAGCCAUCCCCAGCAGAACCUAAACGAACCAGACCAGAAUCAUCAGAACUCAGCAGGUCUGACCCGGGACCGGUCCAGGGUCCAGGGUUUGCUCCAGGGGAGCCCCGUGGUCAGUGUGGACCGGGGGACAGCGUAUCUGGUGGGGCUGCUGACCUCCACGGUGCCAAGGGGGUCCUCUCCUGAAGGGGGCAGCACUCACAUCCUGGUCCUCACCAAGCUGUCACGUCACAUGACCUGGCUCCAGCAGCGUCUGGGUCGCAUGACUCCGCAGGUUGCAGGGGUUCCUCAGCCCUGACUGGACGAUGACACGGUGUCCAGAGGCUCUGAUUGGACAAAAAUGUAUGUUAAUUAAAGCAUUUGUCUUUGUUAAACCGGGAAUGUCAAAAAUGGUUUGGCUUUAUUUGUGUCUGCUGUGAUGUUGUUCUUAUUAAUUAUAUUUCUAUUAAAAUGUAACGUAUUUUAA